CCCUGCUGCUCCCCUCCCAAACCAGCCCCCAGCUGUCAGCUCCCUUCCUGACUUCCCCACCCUGCCCCCGGUACCAUGGCGUCCAGCGAGGAGGACGGCACGGUUGAGGAGAAGGAAAACAACAACAAGAAGAGAACGAAAAGCGCCCUCGCUACCGCAUGGCUCACUUUCUACAACAUCGCCAUGACCGCCGGGUGGCUGGUUUUGGCCAUGGCAAUGAUGCGCUUCUACAUCCAAAAAGGCACACACAAGGGUCUGUACAGAAGUAUAGCAAGGACACUCAAGUUUUUCCAGACCUUUGCGCUAGUUGAGGUGGGACAUUGUGCCAUCGGAAUCGUGAGGACUUCUGUGAUUGUAACCGGGGUUCAAGUGUGUUCACGGAUUUUCAUGGUUUGGUUCAUCACCAACAGCAUCAGACAGAUCCAGAAUGAAGAAAGCGUAAUCCUGUUCCUGGUUGUGUGGACGGUGACAGAGAUUACCAGAUAUUCCUACUACACAUUCAACCUGCUCCACCAUCUGCCGUACUUCAUCAAAUGGGCCAGAUACAACCUCUUCAUUGUCUUGUACCCCCUGGGAGUCAUUGGCGAACUGAUGACCAUUUAUGCUGCUCUGCCGUUCGUGCGUCGAUCUGGAAUGUACUCCAUGAGGCUUCCUAACAAGUAUAACGUGUCGUUCGACUACUACUACUGCCUCAUCAUCGUCAUGCUGUCCUACAUCCCACUGUUUCCUCAGCUCUACUUCCACAUGCUGCGGCAGAGGAGAAGGGUGCUUCACGGAGAGGUCAUAGUGGAGAAGGACGACUAGACAAGCGCCACCUCAUGCCUUUGUUUGAGCCAGCCUGCCCUCCACAUCACCCUCACCUCCAGCCCCCCCCCCCCUCCACUUCAUCUCCAUCUUCACCUCCAUCUUUAGCACCAUCGGCCGUUACAUUCUUCAUUGCACAGGAACCGGAAAGGGCCGCGCAGACAACAACCUGCCUGACGAGAGCGACAACCAGCAACAGCGAGGAAGAAAUGACAAAACCAAGGGGAGUUCAAUAACUGAUCCUAAGUAUUUCAGUACAGGAUUAAUUCCUAUCUGAAUGGUAAUAUUGGAAACAUGUUCACAGUCCCAGUGUUGCUGGAGCUUGAGACAGAAGCCUGGCGUUGUGUAUCAUCACAGAGUGAUCCUGAGUCCUUUAACCUCCCACCUUACUGCAUCUUGUUGCACUGAAGCAUCGCAGCCGGAAACAUGCAUUGAUCAUGAAACAUAUGAGCCACUACACUGUACCCUGAAGGAGAAAGAGGCAAAUAAGAGGCUGCCAGGGAAAUGUGAAAUGAAACAUGGGAAGAAGAUUGUAAGUAGUGUCUCUUGAGUUGUCCCAAUGUCAUCCCCCAACCUACACAAUUGGCAGUUUUAUUAUUUUUUUUUAGGUGUAUUCCACCACAGGUUUUCUACACACAUAGUGUGGCUGUACACGAGAAGGUUUCAGAAGAGAAAAUAUUUAUAGUUCUAUCGUACCUCAACAAUAAAUCUCCAUUUAGACAAUAUGCUGCUUCUUUUGUGUAUGUUUGUUUUACCUUAUGUGUAAAUGAUGCAAUGUGAAAUAAGCAGGUAAUAGUAAGCAUAUUUCUUAAAGAUAAUUUAUUCACAUACUGUAUCACUUAGAGCAAGCACAGCUCAAACUUAACAUUUUGUCUGCUUGGCUCAGCUCCUGCAUUUGUUUAUGUUGCUUGAAUGUUUACUAUGUCACAUUAAUUUUACAGGAGUGCAUCUUAAACUAAUUUGAGUUUUCAAAAAGCAGUAGUCUUUUCUGUAAACCACUGUGGGCGAGGCUACGAUUCAAAUUUAUACGAGCACUCACAGUCUUUAGUUGCUAUUUUGCUUGUUUUUUAAACAAAGAAUCUGAUGUCCAUGUUGAUAGAGAGGUAGUUAGAUUCCCUCCUACUAAAGGUGCUAUUGUCAGAUCAUUUCAAAUCUUCUGUGCAGCUCAAGGAGUGACUGUGAUUGGAGUUGACCUAAAGCAGGAAAACAGGAUGUGGAAUGAUUGAGAGGACAUGUUAAGUCAAUGAACUGCAUAGCCCAUGGUUAUAGAAGAAAAUCAACCGUUUUUGCUUAUACUCUGGGUUAAAGAGGAGAAAAGCAAUAAAAGUCAAUGUAAAGAGAAAAAAAUCACUGGAAAAGUUAUUUUUCAAGAAAAACAAUAGAAAUGUGAAAAAACCUUUUUGUGCAAAAUCAAUAAACUAAAUUCUACAACA